AUGGCCGUCAUCGAUGAGAUCCCUCAACAGGCUGCCGCGCCGCAGCCUAUUGAUAUUGAGGCAUGGACCGAGCAGGCGACAGCCGCUUUGGGCUCUGUAGCCAUCUCUGCGCCUGGAGAAGUUGUUGGCGCGACUACUGUCACGCUUGCGAUUCCCCUGGAUGACGAUGCGCUCGCGACAGGUGGCCCCGUUCAGCCCGUCGGCGCCGCCGCUGCUGCGAAGGAAGGUGGCCUCUACAAGAGGAAGGCGCCUCUGAGGCGAGACAGCAUGAAUAGGCGCGAAGCCUUGCUCAAGGGCAAGGAGGGUAGCCGCCAGCGUAGGCGUUGGGAGAAUGACCGUCUCCUCAACAACCCUCACGCUGAGCCGCCUACCCCUCGCGACUGGGAGGUCCAUCCCACUCACCGCGUCAAACACGUGCCCUACUACGUCGCUCCGCUCUGGGAUGCCGGCCUCAGGCGCCAGCAGAAUGACCGCAAGGCCGCCGCGAACGCACAGAAGGCUGCGACCAAGACUGUUGUCACCAACCCCACCACUCCGGGUGUCGUGCCAAAGGAGCUGCGCGAGAAGCUCAAGCGCUCGCGCGGUGCCAAGGGCCUUCUCAUGGACCUCGAGGGCGAAGUCAGGAAGUUCGUCGAGGACUGGGAGGAGAAGGAGCGCCGCGCCGAGCAGGAUGGCCUCCCCGCCGACCCGGACAGCGAGGACGACGAGAUCGUCUUCGUUGGAAGGAAUGGUCAGACCCGCGAACAGACGCGCAACGAAGACCGCAUCAAGCGUGAGCUCAUGCUUUUCGAGACACCUGAGGGGGAUCUGGGAGGCAGCUUUGGUCGCUGGCUUGUACACCACAUAGGCGUGUAUUAUGGGCUCAGCACCUGGUCGGUGACUGUGGGAAACCCGGCGCGCCGAGAGGCGUAUAUUGGGCUGAAGGAUGUGAAGAUGAGGAGCGGGAGCGUGGGGACGAUAUGCAAGCCCAUACCCAGACCACUGUGGGGUAUGGUGUAG